AUGAGUGUCGCCGAAUAUGAAAUCCAGUUCACAAAGCUAUCCCGCUUUGCACCUGAGUUGAUAGCCACCGAGCAAAGGCGUGUUCGGAGGUUUGUGCAGGGUUUGAAUGUGGAACUACAGGAAAGUUUAGCCGCCGUAAGGAUAGAUACUUUCCCAGAUGCUGUCGAAAGAGCUCAGAGAGUUGAAGUAGCUAGAGCUCAAGUGAAAUCUUUUCAAGCUAAGAAAAGAUUUGCCCCCAGCAGUAGUCGAGAGCCGACGUAUGGAAAUACUCCACCGGCUAACGUGGGCCGAGGUACAGGCGGAGUGACUAGUCCCGGAGCACCGCGAGGUGCAUUAGCAAGGGGAACCGGGGCAAGGAAUGCAGGGGGAAGAAACAAUGGAACUAGAGGGGGACCGAUUGGAAGAGUACAACCUAGGAAUACCUCGCAAGGAGGCCGAGCCAUAAUUCCCCAAAUGACUUGUGCAUAUUGUAAGAAACCUGGUCAUACUAUGGAUGACUGCUGGAAGAGGCAAGGAAAGGGCUUGAAAUGUGGAAGUAGCGAGCACCAAAUUUCUGGAUGUCCAAAAAUGCAGGAAGGGACUACUUCGAACGCUAGACCAAACACUUCUGGAGGGAGCCGGCCGACAGUUCCUGCCAGAGUGUAUGCUAUAGGUGACCAACCUGUACCUGAUUCCUCGGAAGUGGUGGAAGGUACACUUCCGAUUUUUCAUCGAUUAGCUAAAGUGUUAAUUGACCCUGGUGCAACCCAUUCAUUCGUAAAUCCAUCUUUUAUGUCUGGAAUAGAUGUGCAACCUGUUAGAUUACCCUUCGAUCUUGAAGUUAGGACUCCCAUGGGUAAUAAGAAUGUAAUCACUAGUUUGGCUUAUAAGAAUUGUGAAUUCUGGAUUGGAGAGCGUAAAAUGCUAGUGGAUUUGAUCAGUCUGGACAUAAAAGGUUACGAUGUUAUAAUAGGAAUGGAUUUUCUAGACCAUUAUCAUGCUAAACUUGACUGCCGAGCGAAAGUGGUGGAAUUUUGUAUACCUGGUGAAGCAACCCUGAGGUUAGAUGUCAAGGGUAGGUUAGCAUCAUCUGCUAUGAUCUCAGGAAUCCGAGCAAGGAAAAUGUUGUCUAAAGGAGCGCAAGGUUUCUUAGCCUUCUUGAUAAACGCCCCCAGUGAUCAAGUGAAGCUGGAGGAUGUACCAGUGGUACGGGAAUUUCCGGAUGUUUUUCCCGAAGAGUUAAGGACUCUACCCCCGGAAAGGGAAGUGGAAUUUAAGAUUGACUUGAUGCCUGGAACGGCUCCAAUUUCUAAGACCCCAUAUCGAAUGGCUCCUGCCGAGCUAAAAGAAUUGAAAAUUCAAUUACAGGAUCUGUUGGAGAAGGGCUUUGUGAAGGAGAUCAUGCCUUUUGGAUUAACCAACGCACCAGCUGCUUUCAUGGACCUGAUGCAGAGAAUUUUUAAGAAGUAUCUGGAUCAGUUUGUAGUGGUUUUCAUAGAUGAUAUCCUGAUUUACUCUAAGACUCGAGAGGAGCAUGCUAAGCAUUUAGAGGUGGUUUUGCAGAUACUAAGAGAACAUAAGCUGUAUGCCAAAUUCAGUAAGUGUGAGUUUUGGUUGACUGAAAUAUCUUUUCUAGGGCACAGAGUUUCUGAAGAUGGAAUUUCCGUGGAUCCGGCAAAAGUUGAGGCCAUUAUGAAUUGGAAACAACCAGAAACUCCAACUGAAGUUAGAAGUUUCUUGGGUUUAGCAGGUUAUUAUAGGCGAUUUAUUCAGGAUUUCUCGAAGAUUGCAGGACCUAUGACUGAGCUAACCAAGAAAGGAGCCAAGUUUGUCUGGACUCCGAAGUGCGAGUCAAGUUUUCAGGAACUAAAGAAGCGGUUAACAUCCGCUCCCGUUUUGGUUUUACCUGAUGGAGGUGAAGGUUAUGCUGUAUAUUCUGAUGCUUCCAGAGAAGAAAAAGCCAAUGUGGUGGCUGACGCUCUUAGUAGGAAGGCCCAAGUAGCAGGGUUAAUGGUAAAAGAGUGGGAUAUGUUAGAGGAAAUAAGUAGUUGGAACCCUCGCCUGGAGAAAUUGAAGGUUUUAUUUGGGAAUUUAUCAUUGAAGUCACCGUUACUAGAGCGUAUUAAGGAGGCCCAGAAAAUGGACCCUAUGAUUCGGAAGAAUCUGGAAAAAGUGCAAAAAAGGGAAACCCUAGACUUCAAAUUAGGGCCUGAAGGGGUAUUGAGGUUUCGAGAUCGAAUUGUGAUUCCGGCAGAUGAGGAGCUAAGGAAAGGAAUUCUAGAAGAAUCACAUCGGUCAAAGUAUACUAUACACCCAGGUGUGGCCAAGAUGUAUCAUGAUGUGAAGGGAUUAUACUGGUGGGAAGGUUUGAAAAAGGACGUGGCAGCGAAAUAUUAUCCUGAUCCAAGUCACGUGUUGCCACUAGAAGGAAUUGAGGUGGAUGAAACGUUAACGUAUGAAGAAGGACCGGUCAGGAUUUUGGAGAGAGAAAUGAAGGAACUGAGAAAUAAGGAAAUUCCUCUGGUGAAGAUUCUAUGGAAGAAUCAUGGACUCGAGGAAGCAACGUGGGAGUUAGAAGAAGAAAUGCAGAAAAAGUACCCCGAUUUAUUUAUCCAGAAUGUGUGA